AUGUCACAUCAUUUUAGUAGAACUAGUAGCAAAAUUCCAAGUAAGCAUUUUGUUACUGAAGCUUUGGAAGAUUUUAUGAUCAUAGAGCAAGAAAAAGAAAUUAUCCGUCACAUCAUUAGUAGCUAAUGUGCAGAUAACGAAGAAAGGAAGGAGUCCUUUGCUAAGCAGAUGGAACUUAAGUAACUAGAAAUCAUCGAAGUUCGUAAAUCCUCCUCUGUGUAAACUAUAUUCAGUAUUUUAUGCAAUAUGGUUGGUAGUUCUACUUUGGCUCUUCCUCCUAACGUUCUUAAAGGAGGGUUAAUUAUGAGUUUAAUUCUCAUGACCAUUAUCGGGUAUGUUUCUUAUAAAACUUGUAGCAUUAUAAUCUUGUACCAAAGGAGAGGUGAGCUUGAUUUAUCAUAAGUAGUAGCUCGUGUAUUAGGUAAAAAAUGGGGCAAAAUAUUUUGUGUUACAAGUUGCUUGCUUCUAUUUAUUUUGGGAAUCAUAUAUUUCUUAAUUAUGAACAGAUGUCUGUACCCAAUUACUAAGUACUUUUUUUAUUUAGCUGGUAGCUCAAAUUAUGCUGAUUAAUAAAGCAUAGAUUUUACAAAAUGGUCUAUUUAAUACUAGGCUAUGAUUCUUAUAGUGCCUUGCUUUGCACUUUUUACACUUAGAGACUUAACAUUUGUCAUAAACUUAAGAAAAGUUGGUGUCUUAGCUAUUUUUGGAUAUGGUUUAUUUCUUAUUGAAACUUUUAUUGAGAAUUUUAUUAACGGUAAUGUUUUAGAAAAUUGGGAUAAACUGCACUAUUUUACUCCUAAUUUUGCUUUGGUCGCUGGGUCAUUUGCUAUGGCAUUCUUUAUACAUAACACAGUUUGCUAGAUUGUAUCAACUAAUUAAAGAUAGGAACAUAAUUAAAGAGAUUUAGGAAUAGGGUACAUAAUUGGAUACUCAAUUUAUACACUGGUAACUAUAUGUGGAAGCAUUGGAAUUCUUGGUAGAUUAGAAGACACUUCAUAAGCAACCAUUCUUAUUGAUUUCUAUCCUACUACAGAUAUUCUUCCUAUGAUUGUUGAAUUCCUUUUCUUAACUAAACUCAUUACAGCAAUACCAACAGUUAAUUUUAUCUCAAGAACCUAAUUUUACAAGCUGAUCUAAGAAGAACAUGUAGAAAUAUCUAACAAACAAUUCUUUUUAUAUAAUACAUUUUUCUGCUUAGCUUGUCUUACAGUCCAAAUAUUCUGUAUUGAUCCUAGUAUAGUAAUAGGUUUAAAUGGAGCCAUAUGUGGAUUUUUCGUGAUAUAUAUCGUUCCAUUGGCAUUAAGAUCUAAGUGCGAAGGAAAUUUGCACAACUCCACAAUAAUUGAAGAACUUGUCUCAGGAGAAGAGUUUACUAAAUAUGUUGAAGAUCCUAAUUUUAAAUAAAGUUUAAUUAGUUUUGUAUAAUCAGAAUAACAAACAUCAUAUAUUGAUUACAUUAAACAUAGAAGAUAUCGUAAAAUGAAAAUCUUAGAAAAAAUAGCAUGGGCUGCAGCCAUUUGUUUUGGCCUUGGCCUUGCUGCCAUUCAAGUUGUAAACAUUUUUUUAAAUUGA